GGCUGCGUCACUGCUCCUGAGUCUGCUGUGUGUUCGUCUAGAAAUGAAUUUAUAAUUGUAAGAAACAUUGUUUUUUUUUAUUCAGCAGGCUCCACUGAGAUAUCUGAACAAACAGAUGAAGAUACUGUGCUGCGAGUGAUGAAACUGAUAAUUUUUUCAUCCUCUCGGUCCCUUAGAAUGAAAUCUGCAUUACAUGCCACUGAAGAUGGAGAUUGUUAAAGAGGAGUUUAAAGAGGAGAGUGAAGACGUCAGUAUUUCAGAACCAUUCAGACUGAAGAAUGAAGAUACUGAUACUGAACAAAAAGACCUGAUGAAGCUGAAAGAGGAAAGUGAAGCACUGAAUGAAGUGGAGGAGAUGCAUCAGUACCAGAAACCUGAUAAUUUCAUGACUGGAAAAAAAUCUUAUUGUUGCUCACAGACUGAAAAGAAACACUCAGGAAAAGAAACUCAAAUAAUACAAAUAGAACAUUCUUUCACCUGCCCUCAAUGUGGAAAGAAUUUCAAACAUAAAGUAGCCCUUAGAAAGCACAUGAGAAUUCACUCUGGAAAGAAACCUUUCAAAUGUCAGCAGUGUGAAAAGAGUUUCUUAGUUAAAGGAACCCUUGAAAGGCACAUGAGAAUUCACACUGGAGAGAAGCCUUACACAUGCCCCCAGUGUGAAACGAGUUUCACACAUAAAUCAAGUCUUAAUAUCCACAUGAGAAUUCACACUGGGGAAAAGCCUUACUCAUGUCAUCAGUGUGGAAAGAGUUUCACACAUCGCAAAAGUUAUAAUGAGCACAUGAGAAUUCACACUGGGGAGAAGCCUUACUCAUGUCAUCAGUGUGGAAAGAGUUUCACACAUCGCAAAAGUUAUAAUGAGCACAUGAGAAUUCACACUGGAGAGACUCCAUACACAUGUCUUCAGUGUGGAAGGAGUUUAAUAGACAAUAAUUCCCUUAAACAUCACAUGAGAAUUCACACAGGGGAAAGACCUUUCACUUGCCAUCAGUGUGGCAAGAGUUUCAUCAAUAAAUAUUCCCUUGUGGAUCACUUGAGAAUUCAUACUGGAGAAAAGCCUUUCACAUGCCCUCAGUGUGGAAAGAGUUUCACAUAUAAACCAAGUCUGAAUAUUCACUUAAAAACUCACACUGGAGAGAGGCCUUUUACAUGCCUUCAGUGUGGAAAGAGUUUCACACAUAAAGGAAAUCUGAAAAUCCACCUAAGAACUCACACUGGAGAGAAGCCUUUCACAUGCCUUCAGUGUGGGAAGAGUUUCGGGAAAAAAGCAACACUACGAGCUCAUAUGAAAUGUCAUUCAAGAGAGAAAUUACACCAGUGUUCUAACGACUAAAAGAGUGAAAUUGUGUUAACUGUUAUAGAAGAAAUGAAAUUAUUUUGGGCAAUUACUAAUUCAUUAACAAUAUGCCGAUGUUGAGAGACAUUAUUAUGAGGAUGAGGUGGACCUUCCUACGCAAAUUAAUGGGAGAAAUCGUAAGUCUAAAUAUGGCAAUUGGUAGGAAUGCAUUUAAAAGAGCUGGUUUGAGUUUUUCUGUAACUGCUGAUGAUCUGGAUUUUCACGCAGAAUUCUCGAGUUUACUUAGAAUGAUUCCAGAAACAUCCAGUAAGUGACAGUUUUGUGGAUUGAAAUGCCUUGUUGAUGAAAGAGGUCAACAGAGAAUGGCCAGACUGUUUCGAGCGGCCAGAAAGGCUACGGUAACUCAGAUAACCCUUCUGUACAAUUGUAAUGAGCCAAAUAGCAUCUCAGUAUGCACAACACGUCACACCUUCAACAAUAGAAGACCAUGACAGGUUCCACUUCUGUCAGAAAGCUGUGUGUAUAUAUUCUUUAUGUAUAUUCUGUGUGUCUGUGUGUGUGUUUAUUGUAUUGUCUAGAUUACAAUGUGAAUUGUCGGCAGCAGCCAUGCUUUGGAUUGUUUGUCAAUCACUCUUAGGGUUUUAGGAGUCCUCAAGAUGACUUCUGAGAUGUUGUGGGUUUAGGAGCUACUUUCAGCCUUAAAUUGUUUCACUUAUUACUCUUAUAUGAAAAAUUAAUCCUAAAACUAGUUGCUAUUAGACAUUUCAGUCUUUCCUCGCUCACACAGAUUGGAACUGUACUUACAUUAAAAAAUAACUGCCUGGAGGUAUUACAGACAUGGUGACCUGAGUUGUAUUAAAGGGACUUUGCUGUUUUGUAAAUUGUUUUAUUAAAAACAAUAAGGUUUGGUCGUGUGGUAGUUUAUGGUUGAAAAGGGGAACAUUAAAUGUAUUUUCUUAUGAGGUUUUGUAUAGUAUGUUGGAUUGAUUGUAUAUUUUGCUGAAUAUAAUGUAUGAAAUUACCAGUAAUAAAGAUUUUAAUCUUGGGGAGACUGGGCAAAAAUAUGUCAUUUUUAAUCUGGAUGUUUUUUGCAGGUGUGUACCUGUGAAAAACAUCCGGAUUAAAGAUGACAUAUUUUUGCAAUGCAUUUUGUAUAUAAUAAGCCAAUUUAUCCAGUUUUAAAAAUA